CUGGUCUGAAAACCCAAAAGAAUGGAAGUUUCAAAAGACAAGACAAACCUGGCUUCUCUUGCACAUGUAUGAUAAAGAGAAGGUUCCAGACAAGUAUUUCACCAUUUUACUGGAUUAUCUGCAAGGGCUUCAGGGCGGUGCACGAGACAUAACUGUGCAGAAAGCUGAAGCUUUUAUGAAGGAAUUUGAUGGUUCCAAUGCAGAAGACCCAAACCUGUUGGAGAAGUGUGAGCGCAUACGACAAGUUCUGCAACUGCUGUCGUGA